AUAAAACAGUGCCUAGAAAUAGGUAAAAGACAGUCUCUUAUGCAAAAGUGGAAAAAUCACAGGAGAGUUCGCCCUAACUCUUUUCUCCCAGGCACAUUUACCCAGGCAGCCGCUCAACUCAGUUUCUCCGAUCUAACCUUGUCUUCUCCGUCUAAUCCUCCGGUCGUUUUCUCCUCUCUUCAGCUGGGUUUUGGGUCGAGCCUUGCUCCGGCUUUGGCCGUGAGACAAGCGCCGGCAAAGUAUUAUCCCCUCCGCUGUAUUUCUAUUUUAUUUAUGUAUUUUGGAAUUCUGCUCGCUCUCGUCGUCACGUCACCGCCGGCUCAGCCUCACCUCCGCUGCACCGGCGUCCUUACCGCCACACCCUCUCUUCCACACUCCAUCUCUCCCCUCACCUCCACUGUCGGCUCUCCACCUUGCCUUCUCGCUACUCUGCCGUCUCGCCGUAUCUCUGCCUUGAAAUCUCUCUCGCCAUCACGAAGGUUGUGUCUGCAUAAGAUCGGAUUUGAAGGGAUCUGCAUUGGUCCUAGAUCUGUUAAAUCUCUGAUUAUCCUCUUUGUUCAGCUGCUGCUAAUCGGUUCACUCCGUCUAGCUUCGCCGCCUGCUGCGUCAAAGCCCAUUCUGCUAUACUUGUCAUCUUCCUCGCUACGUCUCCUUCUGAUCAAUCUUGGACAGUUUCGAGGACAAAUUGCUUACGAGCUAUCAAAGGUUUCGAUGGCAAAGAAGGUGGCCGAUCCUGCUUUCAUGUCUGCAUCCUCGAGAACACUACUCUACUUUACCGUGGGGUCUAUGGUCUUCCAGUGGCAGAAGGAAUGUCAAUCCGUGCAGAUCUUCCUCAAGCUAUCUCUGAAGAAUUAAGGACAAGCUCGGUAAAAUCCGACUCCUUACAAUUGGUUGAGCCAUCGACUAAGGCUCUUGUGUCUUUGAACUUCUUGGUAUUCUCUAGGAUUUCACUCCUCACCGGAAGAUUUGGUUUCACUUCUAUCAUGUUUAUCAUAAGUUUAUCUAAUAUAUUUGCUGCUUCCUUCGGGAAAGAGAACUCUCUGUAUGCGGUUCACGCAAUUUCUGUUUGAUUAAUUGAAGUAAGUGGUUGCACAAAAAAAAAAAAAACAGUCUCUUACGCAUCUUAUUUAAGGAGCGAUCCAUAAAAAA